AUGUCUUCCAACGAUCCCUCACCACACAGCAUAUUCCUCAUCAACGAGCUCCUCGAGAACAUACUCUUACACAUGGACACAAGAACCCUCUUAACAUCCGCUCAACGCGUGUCACGCACUUGGAACAUCAUGAUCAAAACCUCAACCAAGCUCCAAGAAACCCUCUUCUUCGAACCCUCCAAAGCCUCCAACUCAAAUCCCACCCAGCGCCACCGCAACCCCCUCCUAGAAGACAUUCUCUGGGCCCAAUUCCUCCUCAAGCAACAAACCUCCUCCUCCUCCUCCUCCUCCUCCUCCUCCAAUCCCACAGCUGUAAGCAGGUUGCCACUCCAUAAAUCCGACCACCGCAACCUCAAGCCCUUCCUCCGCAAAACCGCAAGCUGGCGCCAAAUGCUCCUCCAACAACCACCAACAUCGUCAAUCGGCGUUCUCGAAAUAAUCAAAAGAUCCGACUCGGAAUUCACGAAACUAGCCAUGAACUCAGGCCAAUUCCUACGAAUGAGCCACAUUGUCGCCCUCCUCGACCGCAGCACUUUGAUACCAACUCGCAACAAGUGGAUACUCUGGACCGGACGGUCAAGCCCCUUGAACUUCGAGCUCUGGAAUCCUAAAUGGGUCUAUGAACCAGAGCCAGAUACCUCUCAGCCGGGUCCGGAGUCCGUUCCCGAGCAUAUAGACUGGGAUAGUCUGCGGUUGGAGGUGGCGGGGAUGUAUUUGGAUGAAUAUGACUGUGGGGUGGUGAUUGUUUCUGAGAGGAGACAGGUACUUUUUCAGGCUGAAGAUCGGGAACAUCAGCUGAGCGGACUUGAUCGGAGGUUGGAGGGGGUUUGGGGGAUGUGUGAGGUGGAGGUUGGGAGGAGGCUUGUAAGUCAUUCUUCGGUUCAUGUUGCGGGUGUUGGGGAUGAGAAUUGGAGGUUGAGACCUUGUUCUGCCACUCCUCUGGUUCCCAUGUAUGCGGCGUCUGGGUCUGAGGGUUUGGAUUCUGCUUCGCUGGUGUCUGGGUCCGUUGAGGGUAGGUAG